CCGCGUGCCUCCUCCUCCCCCUUUCUCAUUUAAAACCGACCUGGCGCGUGUCACUCUGUCAGUGAGUGGAGGAAUAAUUUAGAUUUAAGCUCCAACAGCCUCUAAAGCUUCUCUCAUUCAGCCGCUUCUCUCCGACGCGCCACCAUGACGCACAUCGCUCCUCUUCUCACUGUCAUUUUAACAUCAUCACUCCUGAGCUGGACACAAGCCUCGAUCCUCUGCACCUGGACUAAAGCUCUGCCUAACAAAGAAGUACACUACAGUUUCCUCUGGAGCGACCCCCGGCAGGCCUCUCCAUCCCUGCGGCUCUACCACAGCGCAUGGUCCGGGGAGCGCGCACUGCUCAGCUGCGCCUGGAGCGACGACGCAGCAGUGAUCCAGAACUAUUUCUCUCUGUGCCGCGAGCAAACGCACAAGUUCUCCGAUCAUCCAGAUGAAUAUCUCGAUGUGGACUCCAUGCUGGAGGCAGAGGAUCGGUGCGUCUCUGUGGCCUCUCCAGGGGUCGAGGAGCCCCGGGAGCGCGCAGGGAAGAGGGCGGUGAGGAGCGUCGGUGGUCACACCGAGACUGAGGAUCAGCAAGGUCACGCUGAGAGGUCAGAGGUCAGGAGCCAUCAGCGCGUGAAGCGUGGGUUCAUUGUGCCAGGGACUCUCUGGUGCGGCUCUGGCAACAAGGCACCUUCAUAUGAAGAUUUGGGAGUUUUUACAGACACUGACGGCUGCUGCCGUGAACACGACCAGUGCAAACACACCAUCCUGUCCUUUCACUCCGAGUUUGGCGUCUUCAACAGCAACAUCUUCACCAUGUCUCACUGUGACUGUGACAACAAGUUUCGUAACUGUCUGAUGGAGGCCAACGAUAGCAUAGCUGACGUAGUGGGAUACACCUUCUUCAACCUGCUGAAGAUGCACUGCUUUGAGUUCUCCCACAGACUCCAGUGUACACAGAGGAACUGGUUUGGCAUGUGUAAAGAGACUAAAAUGGCGCUCUACGCUGAGGUCCAUCCGCCCACGCUGUACGAGUCUCCCAGUCCAACAGAGGUCAGCAUGAACAGCUCCAUCACAAACACCACCACACCCACAGAGCUACUGGAGAGCAGCAAGUCAGACUCCAUCACUGCCGCAGCAUCCACAGUCCCCACUCCUUUAACCAGUUCCCCAUCUACCUCCAUCACCAUCCCCUCCGUCACCAACGUGACCAACUCUACAGGAUCAGCACCUGAGAGCACAGCCGAUCUGGAGAACACGUUACAAACCAAAAAACAAACUGAGCAGGGUGUCACAGAGAAGCAGCUGUCAUGUGCCAUCUACAAAGAUCUGGAUGAGUGCAGAGACAAGAUCCUUCCCCAGCAGAAGAGAUACGGCCUCCAUAACCCAGAGGCCAAGACGCUGUACCACUGCAACUGUACCAGCAGGUUAUUCCAGACUUUGGCUGAGCAGAGACAACUGACCGAAGUACAGGCUUUCCUGCUGGGAUAUGUGUCUCAGUCGUGUUUCCUGCCACAGGACUGCACAGUGGGAAAUAUCUGUACAGCAGCUCUGGUGAGAGCAGAUCUUCCUCAGCUGGAGCAGAGCAGCAGAGCUGACAUGGAGGAGCAGCGCCAUCUACAGGCCAUCAAACUGAAGGUCAGGAGGCCAAACAACAGGAGAGCCAAGAGGAAAGACAGAGCUGUCAGACUCCACAAACUGUGUCUCAGGAUGGUCCGGCCCAAACUCAGCCAGAACAAGAGCAGGACACACAAGCAGGAUCGGCCAGCUGCAAGAGGAAGAGCGCUCGUCUGAGUGCGAAUACUAUGGAGGCUCAAAGUGGUCAAUAUUACAGAGACUAUUUCAGGUCAUUUUCUUUUUGUUCCAGCACUUUCUAUGUCAGAUUUUCCCUCCUUCAAAAUCCGUUUUUAUCUCACAACAUCUCACAAAGGACAACAUGUUCAAAUAGAAAACCCAAAAACAAACUUAAGAUUAUAAAUUAAAUAAACAGAAACUGCUGGGUUAUCAUAAAAAACACCUGCAAUAAACUCAGUGAAAAGAGUCAUAAUAAUGAGCUGAGUUUUAAAACAUCUUGAAACAUGUCUUUAUCUGCAUGUAUUUUCUGAUGUAGUAGUGACCACUUUGGGUCCCCAUUAAAAACUGUAGUACUGUGUAUCCCAGAGAUGGGGACUCGAGUCACAUGACUUGGACAUGAGUCAGACUUGAGUCACAAAUUUGAUGACUUUAGACUUAAAUUCACAAAAAAGGACUUGCAACUUGACUUGGGCUAUAACACCAGUGACUCGUGACCUCACUUGCACUUGAGCCUUUUGACUUACAAAUACAUGAUACCCUCUCCUAAGCCCCAAAGAUGAAAAAGCAUGUUCAUUUCUGGAAUUAAUUAAAUAACAUGAACACUAUUCGGUCCGACAUUAUCCAGUCAAGUUGCAGGAGAGAACUGUGAAGAACUUUCGUUACAUAACUGAAGGCCUGUAGGAAAACAUUAUACCAAAGAUAAUUUCAUUCAAGUCCAAAAACUAGUCGGUGGUCAACAGAAAACAAUUUGCAGUUUGCAAAGCAUGCGGGUUAAAAGUUACUGAUGGAGAUGCAACGACUUCCAACUAACUACAACUUUUAUAUAACAAUCGUUUUGUAUUAUAACUCCGUAAUUGAAAUAGUAUGAAGUUUGGUAAGGCGUGCAUAACUCAAAGUUUAUGACUUAGGACUUGACUCCAGGCUUGUCUGUCUUGACUUGGGACUUGUGAGCAAAAACUUGAGAGUUAAUUGUGACUUGCAAAACAACGACUUGGUCCCACUUCUGGUUUAUAGAGUUCCCCAGGGAUUCCUGAGGACUCAUUCCUGGGAUGCUCUAUUCAUAUUGUCUACAUCAGAAAUGUAGUGGAACUCAGUUUUGACCAAAUUAUUAUUCAUAUUUUUGGGAUAAAGACAAAAGGAACCUUUUCCUGAAGUAUAACAAACCCUUUUCACAGCAGAUGUUUUGACGAGUCAUAGAAGCAACAGCACAGGUAUGACAGGCAUCGUUAAAGUAAUUAGUUACACCUGUGCUUCCACAUUAGCAUGGCUCCAGUGAUGGUCGUUGGCCUGUCUGUCCAGACUGAAAUAUUUACAAUUGGAUUGAUUGUCAUGAUAUUUAAUCCAGACAAUCAUGUUCCACUUUCGAUAAACUGUAACAAAUUUAGUCCCUUAAAUUUCAAAAUGUCUGCCUUGACAAGGGUCUAUUGAGUUUGAUAUUGGUGGCACUUUUCUCUGAGAUAAUGACUGACAGGAGGUAAUUUACCUGCGUUUUAAUGCACCUCUGCAUCAGUAGUCUCCGCUCUAAUUAAACCCUACGAGUCACUGUUAUUGAGGUUUCAGUACUCAGUGUGGAUGUAAAUAUUGUGUUGUAUCAGUUGUAGAUAGUUACGAGUUAUGGUAUUAGCUCAGCUGAGUUAAAAUAAAUAAAUGUAAAUAUCUGUAUAUAAUGUGAAAUAUUUGGUUUAUGAUGUGAGAAGGAAUGACUGAUUACAUUUAAAGGAAUAGUUUGACAUUUUGGGAUUUUGGUUUCUUUCUGAGAGUGAGAUGAUCAGGAUUAUGUCUGAUGUCUGUACGGUAAAUGUAAAGCUAGCCGGUUAGCCUAGCUUAGCAUAAAGACUGUAAAAAAUCAAACCACCAGCCCAUCUUGAAAACAGCAAAUUGUUGUUUUUACUCUGUUUUUAUGUAUGGAUUAUGUUGAUGUCUGUACAGAAUCCAUCCAGUUAGCCUAGCUUAGCAUAAAGACGAGGCCAAACAUCAACCUUGGCUUGUAUGACAGCAAAUUUGUUGUUUUUACCCUGUUUUUAUGUACAGAUUAUGUCUGAUGUCUGUAUGAUAAAUGUUAAGCUAUCAGGUUAGCCUAGCUUAGCAUAAAGACUGUAAAUGAGCAAACCACUGCCAGCCCAGCUUGUAAAACAGAAAAAUGUUGUUUUUACCCCCCGGUUUUUGUAUGAAUUAUGUCUGACAUCUGUAUAGGUAAUAUGAAUCCACCCAGUUAGCCUAGUUUAGCAUAAAUACUGUAAACAAGACCAAACAUCAAGCCUGGCUUGUGAAAUUUGUUGUUUUUACUCGUUGUUUUGGAUUGUGUCUAAUGUCUAUGUGUCAAAUAUAAAAAAAUAGCUGUUUAGCCUAGCUUAGUAUAAACAGUGAAAGGAGGAGAAAAAAAACCUAGCUUAUACAAAGACUAAAUGUAUUUUUUUUUUUGUCUAGGUAAUAACCCACAAGUUGUUGUUUUUACACAACAAGAUAUAAUUGAAAAGUGAAAAGUUUCUGGUGAUGGGUUUUAUUACCUUUGGACAGAGCUAGGCUAGCUGUUUCCCCCUGUUUACAGCUUUUAAGCUAAGCUAAGCUAAUGUCUCCUGAGUGUAGCUUCCAACUAAGAAAGUGGCAGACGUUUUUGGGAAAUAUAUUGUCUGCUUUUUUGCUGAGAGUUACAUGAGAAAAGUACAAAAAGUACAAGCACUUAUCUUUGUAGUGAAUAUCAAGCUACAGUCAAGAGAUGGUUAGCUUAGCUGAGCAUAUAGACUGGAAAUGGGGGUAAACUGCUAGCCUGGGUCUUACCAUUGGUAAAAAUCACCUCCAAAGCUCAUAUUUGUUUAAUCUGUACAGAACAAGAAGGAUAAAAACUACAGUACAAUUGCUGUAGGCUAAUUAAGACAGAGCUAGGCUAGCUGUUUCGGGGUUCCCCCGUUUACAGCCUUCAAGCUAAGCUAAGCUAAUGUCUCCUGAGUGUAGCUUCCACCUUAAAAAGUAAAGCAGACAUUUUGGGGAACUUUUGUCUGCUUUUUUGCUUAGAGUUAGAUGAAAAGGCAGAUACAAUGCUUUUAUUUGUAGUAUAUGAAGCUACAGUCAAGAGAUGUUUAGCUUAGUUUAGCUUAGCUCAGCAUAAAGACUGUAAAUGGAUGUAAACAGCUAGCCUGGCUCUGACCAGUGGUAAAAAAAAAUCACCUCCAAAGCUCAUGUUUGUUUCAUCUGUACAAAACAAGAAGGAUGAAACUACAGUUCAAUUGCUGUAGGCUAAUUAAGACAUAGCUAGGCUAGCCUUUAAGCUAGGCUAAGCUAAUGUCUCCUGAGUGUAGCUUCCACCUAAGAAAGUGAGAGAGACAUUUUUGGGAAAUGUAUUGUCUGCUUUUUGCUGAGAGUUAGAUGACAACACUUAAGUUUGUAGUGAAUAUGAAGCUACAGUCAAGAAAUGGUUAGCUUAGCUUAACAUAAAGACUGUAAAUGGGUGUAAAAAGCUAGCCUGGUUCUGACCAGUGGUAAAAAUCACGUCCAAAACAAAAAGAAUAAAACUGCUGUAGGCUAAUUACAGCAGAGCCAGGCUAGCUGUUUCCCUGUUUUCAGUAUUUAUGCUAAGCUAAGCUAACCUGACUUUAGCUUCAUAUUUCAGACAAAUACCAAUGUGGUACACUGUCAUUUUUUUCCCAUUAUCUCCCAAAAUGUUGAACUAUGUAUUUUAAAUAUAAAAGAGAAAUGUUACAUGAGUCUAAUUAUUUAUUG